AUGCCCCUUCCUACGCACUUCGUCCUCAACACCGGCGCUCAGAUUCCCGCCGUCGGUUUCGGCACCUGGCAAGCUGCCCCGCACGAAGUCGAGCGCGCUGUGGAAGCCGCCCUGCGAGAGGGAUACCGUCACAUCGACUGCGCUGCCAUCUAUCGCAAUGAGACGGAAGUUGGCCAGGGAAUCAAGAACUCCGGUGUGGCGCGCGAGGAGAUCUUCUUGACUAGCAAGUUGUGGAAUACCAAGCAUGCACCCGAGGAUGUUGAGGCGGCGCUGGACAAGUCGUUGAGCGAUUUGGGUGUUGCGUAUCUGGACCUGUACCUCAUGCACUGGCCAGUCGCCUUCGCACGCGGAGACAAGUGGUUCCCUCUAAACGAUGAAGGUGUUUUCCAACUUGCCGACAUCGACUACGUGACCACCUACAAGGCCAUGGAGAAGCUGUUAGCCACCGGCAAAGUCAGAGCAAUUGGCGUUUCCAAUUUCAACAUCCGCCACCUCGACCGUCUCAUCUCCCAGGUCGAUGUCGUUCCCGCCGUGAACCAAGUCGAAGCGCACCCUUACCUUACCCAGCCCGACCUCCUCCAAUACAGCCGCAGCAAGAACAUCCUCCUACAGGCAUACUCGCCUCUGGGCAACAACCAAACCGGCGAGCCCCGCACCGUUGACGACCCGCUCGUCCACGAGGUGGCUGGGAGGCUAGGUAUGGACCCUGGCGUCGUCCUGGGGAGCUGGGGAGUUCAGCGCGGCACAGUAGUCCUGCCUAAGAGUGUUACUCCCUCGCGUAUCGCGAGUAACUUGCUGGUCAAGGAGCUUCCCGAGGAUGCGUUUGCGCAGCUCAACUCGCUGGAACGGCAUAAGCGGUUCAAUUUCCCGGGGAGAUGGGGAUAUGAUAUUUUCGAUGAAGUUGGCGAGGAGGCCGUUCAGCAGAUGGCGAAGGAGUCGGCGGAGACGAAUAAGGUCAAGUUUACUGUAUAA